UCGUACUUCACAGUGAUUGAACGUGAAGAAGAUGCCUCGAAACCGUAUUGAAAGAAAGUCUUCGAAGUGUUGGCGAGGAACUCUACGUGGUAUUACAGCUGCCUUAGUCUAUAAUCUGUCAUGUUUCACACACGGAUGCAGUACAGGAUGGGUGUCUGGUGUUCUUGGUAAUGAGGCUCUAACUGGUGGAGCAUGGUUGGCAGCUCUGCCGUGUCUGGUGGCAUUACCAGCUGCACCAAUGUUCGCUGUACUUGCAGACGUCAGGGGAAGAAAGACAGGCGCGUUUUGUAUCGGACUGAUUUUUAUUAUAAGUUGGUGUCUAGCGGCAUGGUGUGGAGGGCGAGGUAUUUGGGCAGCGAGGGUGGCUGCAGGAGCUGGUGGAGCUGGUGCACUGGCUCUGGCACCUCUGUACUGCGCUGAGAUAGCGCCGAGGACUAGAGGACUAGCUGCCUUACCAGCUCUAGCUUGCAGUUGCGGUAUCCUUUUUGCCUACACUGGAGGGGGGCUGUUAUCAGCACACGCGUUAUCACUAGUGAUGGCGGUACCACCAGUUUUGUUGUUGAUAUCGUUGCUAUGGUUACCAGAGACUCCGUCCUUUCUCAUUAAUACGGGAAAAAUUCAGAAAGCGGCGAAGGUUAUGUGUUGGUUCAACGGAUCGGACUUCACAGAGGAUUUGACAGAUGUGAUAGAACAGCAGGAAGUCAGGAUCAGAACCUCGGGAAGUUACAGCAGACAUGACCUCGGCAGAGAUGAGUCGGAUACCUUCCAGCCGAUGCUGAAGAGAAACAGUGGCCUGGAGUCGAACUCUGAGAAGCGCAGUGAAAAGCGUGAGCAGACUACAUGUAGAGAGUUGUUCCGCGGUAGUAACGCCCGUCGUGCGCUCAUCUCUUGCCUCGUGCUGAUCGCCGUAGCAGCGGGGAGCGGAGCGGGCGCUGUCAAUAGCUUCGCGGCCGCCGUGCUACGACACUCUACACACCGGAUACCAAAGCUGAACGUAACAGCGUACAACUUCACUAUUUACAACGGAACGCUGCCCCGGGAUUUGUUCGAGUCGUCAGAAGCUGGUUCAAUGCUGUGUGGCACAGCUCUGGUGCUUGGAGCGGCAGUAGCCUGUGGUAGUGUUGAUAGGGUUGGUAGAAAGACUUUACUGCUGUGGUCAUGCUCUGGAAUCGCCUUCUGCCUAGCUGUUCUUGGAGUUUACUGCGAUCCACAUCUCAACUCAAUCACCCACAAACUGUUGUCUUACAAAAAAAUUGUCAAAGACAAAACCAUCAAAGAUAGGAUAUAUUUUGAGAACAUCACUAGUUACAAUGAUUCAAUAAAAUAUAACGAGACAAAGCCAUGGCAUCGGCUUAGUUCAGAUAAUAUCUCAUAUGUGGUGGAAUGGCCAGUGAAGAUUGAUCAAAGCGACGCGGAUGACGUUACAAUAUGGCUGCCUGUGAUUCUGUUGUCUAUGGUUUUGUUUUUCUACAACAUAGGCCUUGGUUCUGUUCCUUAUGUUUUAGUCACGGAACUGUUUUCAAUAAAUGUAAGUACUUUUAUACUUAUUAAAAUUAUUGAUCACUUUCGAGCUUACUAUUCAAAUAUAUUUACAUUUUAUCUUAUGCCAGGAAGUCAGGCGCAGUCCAAUUAG